UUGCGUACUCCCCGACAGAGUACUCACCCACGCUGCUCCUGAGGGGCCGCCCGCCUUCAUCCCUCCCCGACUUUUAAUAUCUACGAACAAUUACCCAACAUGCUAUCCUCGUUCGUCAGGUGGUCUAUCCUCCUCGCGACCGCCGCCCUUCCCUUCUCCUCCGCCGAACGUAUAAUAGAGUCGAAGUCGCUCAACCCGUGCCAGGCGAACUCGAGCUUCUCGGCCACCCUCUUCAAUGUCGUAUUCACACCCAGCAACCGCAGCUUGGCCUUCAACAUCGAGGGCGUGUCGUCCAUCUCUGGAAAGGUUAAUGCGGAGCUCGAGCUGCUCGUCUACGGCUUCUCAGCGCUGAAGCAGAAUCUGAACCCGUGCGAGAAUGUUGAUCUCAAGCAGGGCAUGUGCCCCAUGAACGCUGUCAACAUCCAGAUCAGGUCGAACAUUGCCAUCGGCCCCGACGUCAUGAGUAGAAUCCCAGGAAUCGCCUAUACCAUUCCCGACCUCGACGCCAAAAUCCGCAUCAAGAUCAAUGAUUCCGAUACGCAGCAACCGCUUGCUUGCGUCGAAGCCGAGCUGUCUAACGGUCAUUCUGUCGACCAAAAGGCUGUGGCCUGGUCGACAGCUGUCAUUGCAGGCCUUGGCCUGGUAGCAUCUGCCAUUACUUCCGGUUUGGGACACUCGAACACGGCCGCACACGUCGCGGCCAAUGCCAUGUCGCUUUUUGGAUACUUCCAGGCUCAGGCUUUCAUCGGCAUGUGCGCUGUCCCUCUCCCUCCCGUCGUUUCCGCGUGGACGCAGAACUUCCAAUGGAGCAUGGGCAUCAUUCGUGUCGGUUUCCUGCAAAAGAUGGCAACUUGGUACCAGCGCGCGACUGGCGGAACUCCAACGACAUAUCUCUCGCAACUCUCCACCGUCUCGGUCGAAGUGCAGAAGGUCAAGCGAGCCUUAAACAUUGCGACCCGUUCCCUUGGACGCCUCGUUGGGCGAACCAACAGUGGGGUUACGAAAGCUCAGAACCAGAGCCGCAUCGUUCUCAAAGGCAUCCAGCGUGUCGGUUUCAAAGCCCAUAUUGAGACAACCAACAUAUUCUUUACUGGCUACAGCCUUUUCAUCGUAUUUGUUAUUGUGGUCGCUCUCGGCGUCAUCAUCUUCAAGUUUAUCUGCGAAGGUCUCGUUAAAGCCGGCAAGAUGAAGAGCGACAAGUUCCUCGACUUCCGAAACGGCUGGCAAACGGUACUCAAGGGAAUCAUGUUCCGCGUCAUUCUCAUCGGUUUCCCGCAGAUGGUCGUACUCUGCUUCUGGGAACUGACGCAGCGCGACUCGGCCGGCGAGGUCAUUUUGGCUAUCUUCACGUUGGUCACGAUGAUUUGCAUUCUUGGGUGGGCCACGUCCAAGGUCGUGCGGAUCGCUCAACGCUCCAUUACGAUGCACAAGAACCCCGCGUAUAUCUUGUACUCCGACCCUGCGUCACUCAACAAGUGGGGCUUCCUCUACGUGCAAUUCAAGGCCGCCGCGUACUACUUCAUUGCCCCAGUCCUCGGCUACAUAAUGAUCAAGGGCAUGUUCGUUGGUCUGGCUCAAGGAAGUGGUACCGCCCAAGCGAUUGCUCUUGUCUUGAUCGAGGCCGGCCUCUUGAUUGGUGUGUCAGUGAUGCGGCCUUAUAUGGACAAGAAGACGAACGGUUUCAACAUCGCCAUUGCCGCCGUCAACUUCCUUAGUGCCAUCUUCCUGCUUGUAUUCACUGACGUCUUCAACCAACCUGGUAUCGUAACGGGUGUUAUGGGCGUGAUCUUCUUCAUUUACAACGCUGCCUUUGCUCUCGUCCUUCUGCUCAUGGUCCUCAUCUCCUCCGGCUUUGCACUGUUCACCAAGAACCCCGAUACUCGUUAUCAACCCAUGCGCGAUGAUCGGGGGUCGUUCAUCAAGUCCCAGACCCAACUAACGACCGAACUCGAUGCUCUGGGUGCUACUGCUCGCGGCGAGGGUAAGGGAACUCACCCAUACAACAAGCCUCGAACCGGUAUUGAUGACGAUGAUGACUCCUUCUCAUCAAACUCGCACGAACGACAACUAGCUGCAAAGGAGGGUAGCUUCGCGGAGCACUACCAACCCAACCCCCCACGGAGCCCCGUUGAUCCGACAAUGCCCCUCUAUCCGGGACAGGGACAAACACCAACACCCGGGGCCCCACCACCAUCAUACUACGGCCGGAAUAGCCCGGCGUCAAGCGGUGGUGGCUUCGCCCCGCCUGCGCAAUAUGGACGUGCCGGUAGCCUAAGAAGCGAGCAAAAUUAUCGAUCAGCAAACAACUCGAGUCCCUGGCAACGUGGAGCAGGGUACGACCAUUGACGCCAGGAGCAGGAAAACAUCAUCGACAUGUAUGAUCGUCAAUCGGAGAAGUUUUGAGUCUCUGAUUUCUAAUGGAAUUGCGUUUUGUGCAUAAGCAACCAGUACACUAAUUCCACAAUGAUCUCCCUUUGCAUGGAAUGUCUGGGACAUGAAAGGUGGCGUUCUUCAGAUU